AUGUUCUCAUGGGUCCAAAAACAUGGCACGUCUGAGCUCAGACGUGAAACCCCACCUCAGGACCCCAAGCAAAGGUGCUGGUUUGUAUUUGAGCCCCUGGGCAUCAUAUUUGCCAUAGCCACGUGGGUGUUGGUGCUGAGCGCUUCGUGGGUCCUGGUCCGGGACGUGCUCAUCCCUUCUAACGACAUGUUCUACGCUGUGGCCAACGGUGUGGCCUUCCAUCUGCUGGCCUCCUUGGCACUCGUGUCACACCUACGGACUAUGCUGACCGACCCAGGCUCCAUUCCCCUGGGAAAUCCACCCGGGCCUGACACAGUGACUUUCUGUUACUUCUGCCUCUCUGCCAUACCGGAGAGGACAUACCAUUGUACAGUGUGCGGACGCUGCAUCCGCAAAAGUGACCACCACUGCCCCUGGGUCAACAACUGCGUGGGUGAGGACAACCAAAAGUACUUCCUGCUCUUUACGCUCUACAUUGCGCUUAUCUCCAUCCAAGUGCUGCUCCUGCUGGCCAUCCCUAUCCUGCGCAGCCAUGCCCAGGGCAAGUGGAAUAUGAGCAGCACCGUGUCCCCACCUAGCCCCAUCCUCUUCCUCUUCCUGGUGGCAUUGAUGGGCUUCCUCUUAGCACUGGUGAUGCUCGGGAGCCAGAUGUUCGCCAUCUACACAGGCAAAACCACAAAUGAGCUACUGUACCUGAACUCGAACUCACAGGGCAGAAAGUCCAAGUGGGCGAACAUGAAGGCCGUUUGUGGCACCCACGUCUCCCUGGCCUGGCUCAGUCCUUUUCAUUCCCCGGAACAUCACAAAGGGAAUGAGUACCAAAUAUGGCCUGAGUCACUCACAAGUGUCCAGAGCGACACAAACCUGAACAAGCCAGCUCCCUGA